UGAACCGGCAUUUGUCACUAUGACAUAAUCUGGCAAAUUAAAAACUAGCCUACAUUAGAAAAAGUUUACACCGACCCAAGCCUAUAUAAUAGUGUGUCUUGUAGUAAACAACAAGGCUGUAGUCUUUCAGCUCAAAGCUCCAACCAGAGACCUUUGGUAGAUAUCUCGGUCCUUCACCCCUGUCAUUCAUCCCUGAAACUAGUCAACCAUUACACAUCUCCCUUUCAUUUGCUGUCAAUAAGGUUCAUUUUAGGUUAAAUGCAAAUGUUGCUAAAACAGCAGUCUUUUCCCCUAGGUAUUUAGACUGAAUCAUCAGCGAAGUCAAGCCCACAGACUGUGUGGCUGAGAAUUCAGUUAAAUUGACCCUGGUCUGCCACGUGGUGUGGAGGCCUUGCUGGGUGGGAGGAAACAUGAUGAGCGGGAAGAGCCUGCUCCUGAAGGUGAUCCUGCUGGGCGACGGUGGAGUGGGCAAGUCCUCCCUAAUGAACCGCUAUGUCACAGACCGCUUUGACUCCCAGUCCUUUCACACCAUCGGCGUGGAGUUCCUAAACCGGGACCUGGAGGUGGAUGGGCGCUUGGUCACUCUUCAGAUCUGGGACACAGCAGGCCAGGAGCGCUUUAAGUCCCUGCGCACACCUUUCUACCGAGGCGCCGACUGUUGCCUGCUCACAUUUGCUGUAAACGACCUGCAAAGCUUCCAGAAUCUCGGCUGCUGGAAGAAGGAGUUCAUGUACUACUCGGAUGUUAAAGACCCUGAGCGGUUCCCUUUUGUGGUGCUGGGCAAUAAGGUAGACAUGGAGCGGAGGGAGGUGGGGGAGGACGAGGCACGGGCCUGGUGUGAAGAGAACGGCUGCUGCCCUUACUUUGAGACAAGUGCUAAGGAUGACACUAAUGUCACAGCUGCAUUCGAGGCAGCUGUCAGGGAGGUUCUGGCUGCUGAGGACCAGAUUGACCAUACACUACUGAGUAGUACUAUCGAUCUCCAUGGCAACCGCAAAACCUCUCGCACGUCUUGCUGCUGAUUGGUCAGGUGGGAAUCCACCUUGUCUUAAUUUAUUUGUCUGGAACCUGCCCAUGGCAGUUUUGAGAGCCAGUAGAGAUAUUGUUAAUGGUACACAUACUGUAGGUACAAGGUAUUGAGUACAGUGUCCCCUAAACAUAAUGUGGAUAAGAUGCAGCUGCCCUGAGGGCUGUGUAAAUGAUUCAGCUGAAUUAUUGCUCUAACCAAGGUACAGGCACACUGUAACAGGCACACUCAUCCUUUGUACUAUGUCUGCUUUCAGUAUUGUUGCACAAACACAUUUUCACCCAGCGUCAGCUUUGUCUGCCUAUGCAGGGGUUGUAUCAAAUUGUGCUUUCAGAGCAUUUAUUUUAAUUCAAAUGAUUCAAAUGUUACACCAUACAGUGGAUGAGAGCAACCAGUCCUCUCUUGAAGAGCACACUCUACACAAGAGCACACUUUGGCACAUCAACAUAUAGUUGUUCUUGUAACUGCUCAACAGUUCGUCCAUGAGCGGAUUUUUUCUGGGUUUUAAAUGGACUUUGAAUACAACAUCACAUUUUCUUGUUAUCAGAUCCUUCAGCAAAAGUGGAGAGCUAAUGUAUUUUCUGGACACAAUCCAUGCAGAUCUUAUGCAUGAGAAGCCCCAACAUCAGCAUGAUGACCAAUAUGAUUUGAGGUACGAGGAACUUAAAAUACUGCUGCUUUAAAAAGCAGGAUGACAGUGUUUGUCUUCAGUGGGAAGGGAACUGUAAACUUUCAUUUCACAGCUCUGCCUGUAAGCUUUGGGUACACGCUAAUGUGGUGCCCUUAUUCAUUUGUCUAUUAUAUGUAUUACCACUGCACUACUGUGUAGCUAGAUGUGGCAGGUGUACGAGCUAGGCAUUAUUAGAUCAUUUUUAUUUCCCAUGAUUUAUGUACAUGGGCCUGUUUCAGUGUUUCUCGAAGUUAAAACGUAAUACUGCUUUUGCUGCUGUUGUUGAUAAACCGCUGUUUAUUUUUCUGUGAAGCAGAUCCGUUUGUGUUUUUUACGGACGUGUAUUCUGUUCGAUCAAGGGCUGAUUUCAGUCUGUUUUCCUGAUGUAUAGAGGAGGUUGUAAUUAUUAGAAUCGACAAUUUUCAUAAUUAUGGCAUGUUUGUAAUCUCGUGCCUGCCUUGUUGAUUGCGCGUCUGGCCUCAACAUUCCAGUCCUUUAACCUAUUCUGAAGGUCUCCUGUGCUUUCCUGAUAUAUCAGUCAAGUCAAUUUAUUUAUACAGCACAAUUAAAGCCACCUUAGGCUGAACAAAGUGCUGUACAAAGUUAUAUUAUGUUAUAAAAACAAAGGAAGACAAUAAAAAUAUAGACACAAUGAACAUCAUACAAACAACACACUUCUAUACAAAUGUCCCUAAACUAAAUCAUACGCCAAAGAAUAAAAAUGUGUUUUAAGACGAGACUUAAAGAUCUCGGCAGUAGAGGAGGACCUAAUAUGAAUGGGAAGUUUGUUCCAGAGUCUCGGGGCCACAACGGAGAAGGCAUGAUCACUCUUUGUUUUCAUCAGAGACUGUGGAAUAGCUAAAAGGAACUGAUUAGACGAUCUUAGGUUCCUGGAGGAGUGAUGCAGGGUAAGAAGAUCAGCAAUAUAUAAAGGGGCCAAUCCAUGUAAUGCCUUAAAAACAAGUAACAUUACCUUAAAAUCGAGGCGACCGGUAACCAGUAAGGAGAAGCCAAUAUCGGGGAGAUAUGAUCCCUCCUUCUGGUACCAGUCAACAAUCUAGCAGCCGCAUUCUGGACAAGCUGCAGGCGUGAUAAAGAUGAUUGGCAAAUCCCAGAAUACAAGGAAUUGCAGUAGUCAAUACGAGACGAAAUAAGAAUAUGAACAACAAUCUCCAAGUCCUUACGACAGAGGAAGGAUUUUAGUUUAGCAAUAGUCCUGAGAUGAAAAAAAGCUACAUUUGACAACAGAACUAAUUUGCUUGUCAAAUUUUAAUGCUGGGUCAAAGAUGAAACCUAGAUUUCUGGCAAAAGGGCAAACACUUAAGGCUAAAGUCCCCAAAUCUUUUGAAAGUUCGUCAACUGAAUUUGGGGGGCCAAAUGCCUUGUGCUGUCUGUCUGGUCAUUCUAGGUCUCAGCUGAAUGUGAAAUAGCCUGAACACAAGGAUAGGGUCAUUACUACUCAUGCGUUGUGCACACAUUAGUAUCACCUCUUCUGUACAUUCUUAACAGUAUUGAGUGAAACGUAUAACUAAAUAUUCUGACAACUUAAUGUUUACUCGUUUUCAGCUGGAUGGUACUUUACUUUUAUUUAAAUGUUUUUAAAUACAGGCUCCCUUUGGUUUUACUGCUAUCGGAGGGCAUUGUUUUUGCCUGUAUGGUUUGAAAAAAUAAUGUGCUGAUAUUCAAUGCUUCAAACUAAGUUUAACAUGGUCAAAAAUCAUUCACAUCAGGAUUUUGAUUGCUGCUGAAACAUUAUAUUGUGCUGUCUACUCAAACAACCAAACCUGUUGCAUAAAUGAGAUGAAUUGUUUUCAUCUUCUGAAUGCACAGUCACCAUGGUUCUUAUUAUAAUGCAUGUUCUCAUACCCGUUUUUCUGUUUUGUUGGAGGUCUCGUGUAUUCUCUCAGCCUGAGAUUUGCCUUUUAAGUCAAUAAUUGCAUCAUAUUUCAAUGUGUGCAGACUAAUGGUGAACAUUGCAGGAGCCUCACUGUGAAAGUAUCUAAUCAGGUACAGUCAUAUUUACUUAUUACAUGGUUCUUUGGUUUAAUGUAGGCUUAAAAUGAACAGCUUGUUCAUAUGAUUACUGUAAAGGUAUGUUGAGUACUAGUACUCACCGCAAUAUGAGAGAAACUUUAUUAACUGUUUACGGAGUAGGGCAUUGUAACAAAAUCAAGCUUGUAGCCUACAUUACGUCAAAGCAAAAAUAAGGGCUGUUAGCUUAUGUGUCAGUGUUAAUGUUUUCUGGAUUAAACUGAAUACUUUUGUUUCUUUACUGUACUAUUUCAGUUUUGAUCCGUUCAGAUAAUGUAGCCUAUCACAGUGUUUAUCUGAGAAUCAGAGGGUACUUUGAAUAUAUAAACUGGUAGCAUAACCCUACAGGAUGUUGCUCUCAUGUCAUAUCACUGCAACCCUGUCUUGUCAGUAUUUUUUCUUUUUAAUGUCGCUGUAAUAUUUAAGAAUGUGAAAACGUAUUUCUUUGGGCUGUCCAUAUUAAUGGCUUAUGUAAAUUGCAAAGGGCAUCAUUUUAUAUUAAUGUACAAAAUGACACUGAACGUCUGUCUCACCCUCAGUGCUCAACCCAUAAGUGUGAUUAAAGCUGUGUGAAAGACUGUUCAUCUUGAUUACGUGUUGAUCUAUUGGACAACUUCCCUUAACUCCUCUUUUUGCACUACAGAGGAUAAGACUGGUUGUGCCAACAUGCUGGCAAAGCGACAAAUACUCUCCAGUGCUUGGCUACAAAUAAAACAUGCGACAUACCAAAUGGA